AUGGAGCUUUUCGGCUGCGAGUACAGGCCUUUUACGGCUUAUUUUGACGGCAAAACCUGGAUCGAACUGUUGUUGGAUCGUCCUGGAAGAGAAACACAGACCGCUGUCGACCAUCUCAAAUUCCGUUUUCGGACGUCAAAAGUGAAUGGACUUAUUCUCUAUGGCGAUGACAGUCAGCGUGAUUACUUAACCGUGGAAUUAUAUCGGGCAAGACUCCAGGUCUCAGUGAACCUGGGCAUUUUCCCAUGGGCGGACGAGCAAACGGAUAACAGCGUCCUUGCUGGCAGUCUCCUUGAUGAUGACCAAUGGCACGACGUUUCCAUCAUAAGGACAGAAAAGAACCUAAACAUAUCUGUGGAUGGCGUAUCCACGUGGAGGAACUUAUCAGCCAUAUUUGUGCAUAUGGAUAUGAAUCGGAAGUUGUACAUCGGUGGUCUACCAAGUUUUGCAAACAAGAAGAGCGUGACUGUCACGGAGAAUUUUCAGGGUUGCCUGGAGGAAUUCAACUUCAAUGGAGUCCAAUUCAUCCGCGACACUCAGCGCACCCAACAGGGCCUCAUCAUGACGGAACAACAGUGGCGUACCGAGGACUGGCUCGAGGCCCUCGGUUAUCCUCCUAAAGACCCCAUUCUCUGGUGGGGUCCACCAACAACCACUCAGGACCUCAACAUCACCGGCUUCGCUAUUGGCGGUACUGGCCAGUUGGUGGAGAUUCUGAUGCCUGGAGUCAACUUCAUACGCAACACCAUACCCAAUCUGGACUCAGCUGCUCCGAAUGGCACCUUUGCAGACGGCCUCUGGCAUUCUGUCUACUUCAAGAUGCAGGCUGAUCUCGUGGAGGUGGCCGCCGACAACCGGAUGUACAGGACCAUCCAGAAGUUCCUGCAACAGGUCAUUCCUCUUCUCGAGUCUUUCUUUUUUGCCGUUUCCUUUUAG